GUGUUGGAAACGUCGUCUGUUGAGAUUAAAGCGUUAUUUGACCCGUUCUGUUAAAGUUUGUUUUGUUAUAAUAGGAUUGAUUAUCAUUUUUCGGAGAAUAAUUGGAAAUGUACGCGAGUUAUAUGUUGUGAAUAUAAUUUCAAAGACGACGUCAACUCGGCUGUUGCUGUGACAUUAUGGACAUACGACGGCGACGUCAGACGAUUGUUCCGUCAGAGUCCGCGGUACAAUCAGAUGGCGACUUUGUACAGCUACGAAUUAUUAGGGAAAGGCGGAAGCAGGAGAUUGAGCAACAGAAGCUUGCAGCGCCAUUGUCCCUGCCAACCGUAAGGGAAAGCAAUCUGGAAACGAAAGAGAAGAGCAAACUGCUUACAAUGCUCUUUGAUGCGAUAGAAGAACACGAUGUGCAAACAGCAGAAGAAACACUGACGAAACUGAAGAAUCACUUUCCUAUUCAAGAUAUUCGACACCCAAAACGAAACGAAAAUGUUUUGCAUGCCGCACUUUCAAGUGGCUUGAAUGCUUUUGCAAAGAAGCUUAUAACGAACGAACACGAGACUCUUGUUACAUCAUGUCACGAGGUUAGGUACGCGGGUAUCGUUGGAAACAGAAACUGCAUGCAUAUAGCAAUCGAGAAAUCAGAUCUAGAAAUGGCAAAGUUGAUUAUGAAUAAAAUUCGGCGGAUUUGGCAGAAACAGAGUCUACUGAAGCAGGAAACUGCAGUGAACAUUACAGAUCAACGACCGCGGUUGUUCUCUUGUCUUCAUUUGGCUGCGUAUUAUGGACAUGUUGAUCUGGUCAAGUUUAUACUGGAUGAAGGAAUGGAUGUUAACCACUUGAACGGUAAGAACGAUACAGCCCUUCUUUGGGCUGCCAGAUGGGGCCAUAAGAAUACAGUGGACUUGCUGUUGGAAAGAAAGGCGAACCCGGAAGUAGCGAAUGACAAAGGGUCCACGGCAUUGUAUUGGGCGAUACGCUAUGAGCACCCUAAAACGGUCGCAUUGUUGUUAAGCAAAGGUCGGGCUAACCCAAACACUCAACGAAAACUUGGUCUCGUUGCACCGAUUAUUAUUGCCUCUGCUUUUGGGAAUGUCGAAAUACUGCAACUCCUUCUGCAGCAGCCUACCAUUGACGUGAAUCUCCAGAUUCGUGGAGGAGAUACGGCCAUUCACAACGCCGCCAGAGAAGGAAACCUUGACUGUGUCAAAAUUCUUAUAGAAAAAGGGGUAAAAUUUGACGAAAAAGAUUCGCUUGGCGAUACACCACUACUUCUAGCGGCUAAAAAUGAUUUUGUCCACGUUGUUAACUAUUUAGUUUUAAAAGGAGCCAAUGUUAACGCAAAGAAUAACGACGGCAAAGACAUUUGGUAUUUUGCAAUCGAAAACGAAGGUUCAUUCCUCUUGCAAUCGUUAAUUAAAGGAAUGAAAUCAUAUUCUAGCGGUGCUAAUUCCAAGCAUCCUCUCCUGAUAGCUGCAGAUAAAGGUCGAUGUGAUAAAAUUAAGCUACUUUUGGACAUGAAUGUUGACCCAGCAGUGUUCGAUGCAGACGGUAACGAUCUAUUCCAUCAUUCCGCAAUGGAAGACAAACCAGAGGUUAUUGAAACAUUCGCAAAUGUUUUCUCAUUGCAAAACCAAAAUAAAUUAGGAAAUACUCCUCUUCACAUUGCGUGCCUAAAUGGCCAUUCAAGAACAAUUAUGACUUUGUUAAAAUUCGACGUCAAAGCCAACGUCAAGAACAAAAAAGGAGAAAUGGCGAUACACGUAGCGGCAUAUUCACCGAAAACGACACCGGAAUUAGCGCGCGAGCUGGUGUCUUACAUGAUCAAAAACCACGACUGGAACAGUUUAAACGACAAAGACCUUAAAGGGCAAACCUGUCUGCAUAUUGCUUGCAGACAUACAACUACAGAUGUUCUCUGGGAAUUCAGAGAGGUCAAAUUAAAUGAACGAGACCCAGAUGGUCUGACGCCUUUACACGUAGCUGUGCGUCCAAAACAGCCAGAUAUCCUCGAGACUGUUUUGGAUAUGUUUGAACGUAAUAAACGGGAUUUGAGUAUCAAUGAACAAACAAUAUCUAGUGGGGAAACUGUGUUACACCUAGCUGCCCAAGAGGGUCAUUCAACAUCCAUCCCUAGACUUAUCAAGCUGGGGGCAGACAUAGCCGUCAGGGACGUCAACGGUGACACCGUUCUACACAAGUUAAUAAAGUUGUCUGUUUUUGACGUGACAAAUAAUUCGAAAUACAUCGAAUCCUUUACAAUAAUAUUGUCAAACAUCGUUCGUUGGUGGUGUUUGAAAUCUGGCACAGCGAUUCCAGAGAAUGAACACGAUAGCGACUAUAUUUUAAUACAACGGACUGCUUUCAGAUUCAUCAUUUAUGAUGUUCAUAAUAUUGAUGGUCUCUCUGUACUCAAACAAGCCUUCCAGUGUGGCGCCACAAAGAUCGUAGGUGAACUGUUGAUGGUCGAGCAGGUUACGUUUUUUGAAACAGAUGGGUACACGUUCGAUGUCUCAUAUCUGACACCGAGGACAAAUGAAGUCGAAGAGGUCAAAUCUCACUCGGUUGCCCAGGUUUCACCGACUGACCAAGAAUUCGGUACCACGAAACAGCUCAAAACUACUGACAAAUACCUGGACGAAAAUCAGCUCUCUGCGAUGGAACUGCUGAUCGAAAGCAAAACGAUGUCUCAAGCGGCCGAUAUCUUAGACCUGCCGCUAAUCAGAGAAAUCGAGAGGUACUACAUGCGGAUUGUCUCGUGGGUGUUUUCCGUGUUGAUGGUAUUACACAUGAUCUACAUGAGUGUAUUCACAUACAUUGGCGUAGAAUUGAGCAAACAAAUGCGGACUAAAAGAGACUAUAUUGGAUCUUCAAAUGCAAUUAUUCUGAUGUAUGUCAUUGUACCGCUAGAGCCGGCAAUUAUAGUCAUAUUCAUGCUUUUUCGGUUUAUUAAAAGUAUUAAGAGCUGUAGUUUCUACCAUCAGGCGAAAAUUCAAAAUCAAGAAAGAGUAUCUUCAGUGCUUUCCUCCUUUGUGUUACCAGCUCUCUGCAUAGUGUAUUCGGGUUUGAUAUUCGCUUGGAUGGGAAUGUUGUCAAAGCAACGUGAUGACCACAAUUAUAUCCUGGCUACAGCACUCUGCAUUGGUUGGUUACUCACAAUUUCAUUCACGAGAGGCAUACGUCCGGUCCAUUAUUUCUACCGGAUGUUGCUGAGCAUGAUUGCGAGGGACAUGGUGCGGUUCGUAUUGGUCUAUCUGUUUGUGCUGAUGGCGUUUGGUUUUGCGUUUCACGUCAUAAUACAGGUGUCGGAAGACGCGACCAAAAAGUAUUAUGAUCCAGGUGUGACUUUGUUCACGACAUUUAAUAUGAUGAUUGGAAUGGGUGAAUUGAUAGACGAAGACUACGAAUCCCAGAUGAUGGCCGAAGAUCGAAGCAUCGCAUUUUCAAAAGUUUUGUACCUCAUCUACAUAAUUCUGUCCACGAUCAUCCUCUUGAAUUUGCUGAUAGCGAUGAUGAACGACUCCUACUCGCGGAUUUUGCAAAACAACAAGAUUUACUAUAGAAUCGAGUCCAUCAAACUGGGCAUUCAGAUUGAGUCAAGUAUUCCAUGCAUCAGUCGUUUCUCCGAUGUAAAUCUCACGAAAGGUUCAGCUCACUUGGGUAUGACGGGCUUAAACGAGCGUUGGCUACUGACAAUAUCCAAUGUGAACUUCGAACGUUAUGUGCAGGACAAUAUUCGCAUGGGUAACAUGGAUGAUGUAUCCAAUCGCUUGGAUAACCUGAGCCAUCUGAUUCGCCAGACGAAUGAUCGAGUCAAGACACUGGCAGCUACAAUCGAUAAUAUAGAAAAGAGCAAAUUGGAGAGAAAGGUAGUGCGGAUGUUAAAACGCAAAAAAGAAACUUAAGUCGUUAGAAUUACUUUAAACCGAAAAUAACAUAUGCGAAAGAUAUCAUUUAACUUUUUAAAUUGGAAAAGUGUUUUUAUUUAAUAAACAAAUUACUUGCUGAUAAUUAUAAAGAUUUUGUAUUUUUUCAGUCAAUAUUCUUGGAUUAUAACUGGUUGGUCAACUUUUGAUUUUUUAAAUACUUGCUGACAUACAAGUCUCUGUAGGCGGACUUCAUGUACUUUCUGAUUCCUUUGAUUUUUUUUAUAUUUAAUGUUCAUUUUAACUGCAUUUAAGUUUCUAGAUAUUGAAAUUACACUUGGCUAUGUUUCCACAUCAAAUAAUUAGAUAAUGUUUAAUACUAUACAUAUCUAGAAAUCGGUUUAUUGUUUUGAAGGCAAACGAAGCCCAAAACAUAUGAACCCACGUAUAAUACGUGUUCCAAUACGUGAGGUGGGAAUCAUGAUCGAAGUCGAUUGUUUGUAUUUGUCGUAUAACAUAUAUAGUAUCCAUAACAAUAUUGACUUUUUUAGAACUCAAGUUUAUCAUGUAUAAGCCAAAUGUUUUCGAUACAACAUAGCCAAAAUAUAUAGGUUUAAACAAAAGUAAAAGUGGUCUUCCAAAAUGUUUGGGAAAAACUUUACAUACUCCUUUAUUUUUUUUUUACAUGUUUUCUAUUUUUACUAUGAAAACAUUUUAAUUGAAAUAGAACAAACGUGUGUGUAUGUCUAUUUAUAAAAAGGACACACUUUAUCUUAUUGAAUUGUAAUGAUAGCAUAAUGUAAAAAAUAUAUAAAAAAAAACCUGAAAUUUCAUGUACAACGUUUUGGGAAUUCAAGCAUUUACAUGACUGAUAUUCCUAUCUUGAAAAUUAAAAAGUAUAUAUUUAUAUAAUAAAAGAAUGGGUUUAUUACUUUCAAUAAGAGUUCUGGAGAAUAAUUAUUGCUUAGCAUGGAAAAUGUGUACUCAUACAAAAUGUAAAGAAAAUUAAUUAACUGGGCAAUGGUAACAAAAGUUGUAGACCCCAAGCAUAAUAUUAUUGUACAUUUCGCUGUUUGCUUUAAAUGUCUAAUACCGUGGUAUUUUUGUCAAGAUUGAUUUAAGAUUUAUAUUUUUUUGAAAUCCAAACUUUUUUAUCAUAUCGUUUUUUUGUGUAUAUGUAUGUGUGUGUGAAAUGUGUUUGUGUGUGUAAUGUCUUAUGCAUAGAUGUUAUCUACCUCUAUUAUAGAAAUACUUGUAAUAUAUCACGCGAAUUGAAUCAAUGGUUAUACGAACUAUAUUAUAUAAUAACAAAUUAACAUGUAAACUAUCAAUACACUUUGUAAAGUGUGGAGUUAAUACAACUUCAUUACGAAAUAAAAAAAAGAAAAAGUAA